AUGGAAGAGCCUGUAUUUUUGAGCGACGAGGACGACACGGUGCGGCUCCUGCGGCAGCUGACUCGGAUCAACCGACCCUUCGGGGUCUCCUUUGCACAAAUGGUCAAGCUCAUGGGCCAAUGUCAACAGGUGGAAGGUGUAGAAAUAUUUGACGAGGGGGGCAUGGAGCCAGCGACUAACGACUGGAGAGAGACAGGGGGCGCAGCGCGUGCUAGGCUCGACGCCGGCGGUGCUCAUGCAGGCCUGCUAGGAGGCAGCCCGCUUACACUAUUACAAGGAAUUAUACCAGGGACCAAAUGGUGCGGCACGGGUGACAUAGCAGCGGACUACCACGACUUGGGCGCCGACCGUCGGCUGGACCGCUGCUGCCGAACCCACGACUUAUGUCCUACCAAAGUUCGCGCGUUCUCGCGUCGCUAUAACCUCACCAACAACUCGCUCUACAGUAAAUCGCACUGUAUUUGUGACGAUAUGCUUUUCGACUGCCUGAAGGCCACUAAUACCUCUGCCUCACAGCUGAUGGGACACAUUUACUUCAACCUUGUCCAAGUACCCUGUCUCGAGGACGUCUCGUUAGGAAGACGGUUUCGAGAUGCAAGGCAGGGCUUUUAA